AAGAAUCACCCUUUAACCUUCAAACUACCGAAUAGCCCUUUAAAAAGGUGGAAGUAAAAUAAUUUCACCAUUCCUUUGUGGACCGCCAUAAUAUUACAGAAGAAGGAGAGAGAAUUACAGGUCGGUCAGAGCCUACGGUCAGAGUCAAAAGCACAACAGAGCGGAGACACGAUGUGGUACUUUCUUUCGUUCUCCACGGAGACAUGGACUCUGAUAGCGAUACUAUUUGCUAUCUUCUUGUGGUAUGGGUAUGCACCUUAUGGAUUCUUCAAGAAACUCGGCAUCCAGGGACCUAAACCUCUCCCCUUCAUAGGGACGUUUUUAGAGUACAAAAGGGGUCUCUUCAUUUUUGACAAUGACUGUUACCAGAAGUACGGCGAUGUGUGGGGGUUAUUUGAUGGCAGACUGCCCGUAAUGGGUGUGAUGGACACAGCCAUGAUCAAAACCAUCCUGGUGAAGGAAUGUUACUCUGUGUUUACCAACAGACGGGACUUUGGCUUGAACGGGGAGCUCCACGACGCUGUAACAACCGUAGAAGACGAUGAGUGGAAGAGAAUCCGCAGCACUCUAUCUCCCUCCUUCACCAGCGGACGACUCAAAGAUAUGUUCGUGAUAAUGACUCAACACUCCAGAAACCUGGUGAAGUUUCUGCAGAAGAAGGUAGACUCUGACGAGGUUCUGGAAGUUAAAGAAAUCUUUGGGGCCUACAGUAUGGACGUUGUGGCAAGUAGCGCGUUCAGUGUUGACGUUGAUUCUAUCAACCAACCCAAUGAUCCCUUAGUCGUCAACGUAAAGAAACUACUCAAAUUCAACCUGUUAAAUCCUCUCCUAAUCUUAGUAGUGUUGUUCCCGUUUAUGCGUCCGCUCCUGGAAAAGUGUAACGUCUCUUUCCUACCUGCUGGUGCUAUGAAUUUCUUCUAUUCCUUCCUGAGGAAGAUCAAAGCAGAGAGGAGCAAGAAUGUACACAAUACCAGAGUGGACUUAAUGCAGCUGAUGGUGGACUCUCAGAUCCCACAGGACCACAGCUCCAAGGAGGCCGCACACAAAGGGCUGACGGACCAUGAGAUCCUGUCCCAGGCGUUGACAUAUAUCUUUGGGGGCUAUGAGACCAGCAGCAGCACACUGGGUUUCCUAUCCUAUAACCUGGCAACAAACCCUGACGUCCAGUCUGCUCUGCAGGAUGAGAUCGACCAGAUCUUCCCCGACAAGGCUCCGCCCACCUAUGAAGGGCUGAUGCAGAUGGAGUAUCUGGACAUGGUCAUCAACGAGACCUUGCGGGUGUAUCCCAUCAUCAGCCGGCUAGAGAGGGUUGCCAAGGCGACCGUGGAGGUGAAUGGUGUGACCAUCCCCAAGGGAACUGUUGUCAUGAUCCCAAUCAUGGUCCUUCACCACCACCCAACACACUGGCCCAAACCUGACGUCUUCCGACCAGAGAGGUUCAGUAAGGAGAACAGAGAGAACAUUGAUCCCUACACCUUCCUUCCGUUUGGGAUGGGGCCGAGGAACUGUAUCGGCAUGAGAUUCGCCCUCCAGGCCAUUAAGCUGGUGAUAGUAGAGAUCCUCCAGAGCUUCAGUUUUGUCACCUGCAAGGAGACAGAGGUUCCUCUGGAGCUGUUUGACAACGGCUUCCUCGCCCCAACGAAGCCCAUCAAACUGAAGCUGGUCCCCCGUGUUGUGGCCCCCAGCCAGGAUUGAGAGGAGAGGCACAGGUAUACAGGACAAUACCCUGUUAGUCUAGCCAAGUCAGUUCCUGCUUCAGUCAAACAUGGCAAUGAGUAAAUUGUCUAAAGGGCAAGGCAACCUUCCUGUUGGAAGGGAUCAGCUUAGACUCAUUGAUAUUCCAGGCUUAUACUCUGGAAUUAGUACAAUUUAUUGAUUUUAUAGUGAAGAAACUACCCAACUAGCUAUAUUUAUAAAAUAUUGACGUGUGUAGGCUUUUGGUCUCAUAUUUUCAGGAAUCCCUUGUGUAGUAACCUGGUAUAUUUAUGUUUACCAAUAGAUGGCAGUAUUGACUCAAGACGGGGGUUUGCUUCCCGCUAUCCGUAGCUAUUUCCUAUGUCUGCCUAUUUAACUAUGAUUAAGAAAGCUUCAGAGAGGUUUAAGCCAGGUGCAUAAGAUAAUGUAAAUCUAAGUUACAAUUAAAUACUAAACCGUA